CGGACACAGUUCUGCACAGCAGCAGCCCCUCGGAACGCGUCCCCCGCAUCGAGCACAGCGAGGGAAGGGGAGGGGUGUUACUGGAAACCGCCUCCUUCUUCGCCUGUGUUUGUGAAUCGCAAACACUCACCGCCUCCAUGUUGGAAAGAGAAUAUAGAAACGACUCCUCUUUUUCUGUAAUAACUCGCAAAAACUGGGAGUAUUUAAAUUGCACAAUACGGGGACUCGAACUGAAGCUGUGGAAACAAAAACCGGUCAGAAACUUUUUUUUUUUUUUUCUUUUUCCCCACGGGCUGCUAGCAGAUGUACGGGUAGGAACAUUGUGGGGGAUUUUUUUUUUUUUUGUAACAUUUUUUAAAUGUUUUUUUAUUUCGUUUUUUUGUGAGGUGUGUGUGUGUUUUUGUUUAGUUUCUCCGUGGAGGUCUGGAAUUUAACGUUCCUCUGAAAAGGGGCCUGUCGUGCUUCUGUGGGGCUCCGUGUUUGGCUGCUGAUAAUUGACAGGGUGGCUAAUAAAAAGAAAAAAAAUUGAGAAAAAAUAAGUGAAUAAAGAAAGGAAUAUUUUUGAGUUUCCAUGGACAACACGUCCAUCAUUACCCAGGUUGCAAACCCUAAAGAGGAGGAGAUCAUCUCUUCUAGUCAGGAGAAAGUUUCCCAGUCGAACAGCUGCUUAAAGAAGCAGAGGAGUAGAAGCAUCUUCAGCACCUUGCUGUGCUGCUUCCGGAGCAACAAUGCAGAGCCGCCCUCCUGUAACAACAGCAGCAGCAGCAGCAGCAGCUCCCUCCCCGCGCCCGCGGAGGAGAACGGGACGCUUCCCAAGUGUGAGCAGGUGCAGGUCAUUGCAGCCCCCAGUCCUCCAGAGAAAUUCCUCCUCCCUGAGAUCAACACAUCAGAUUAUGGCAGGAAGUGUGUGGUGAUCGACUUGGAUGAAACUUUGGUGCACAGUUCUUUUAAGCCUAUUAGCAAUGCUGAUUUCAUCGUUCCUGUAGAGAUUGAUGGCACGGUCCACCAGGUUUACGUAUUGAAACGGCCGCAUGUUGACACAUUUCUGCAGAAGAUGGGGGAACUCUUUGAAUGUGUUCUCUUCACAGCUAGCCUAGCCAAGUAUGCAGACCCAGUGGCAGACCUGCUGGAUCAAUGGGGUGUGUUCAGAGCCAGACUAUUCAGAGAAUCCUGCGUUUUCCACAGAGGGAACUAUGUCAAAGACCUGAGUCGAUUAGGAAGAGAGCUCAGCAAAGUUAUCAUAGUGGACAAUUCACCGGCAUCCUACAUCUUCCAUCCAGAAAAUGCAGUCCCUGUGCAGUCGUGGUUCGAUGACAUCACAGAUACAGAGUUGAUGGAUCUGAUCCCUUUCUUUGAAGGACUGAGCAGAGAGGAGGACGUGUACAGUGUGCUUCAGAACCUCCGAAGCAGGUAGCGCUGACAGAGACCCUCCCCCCGCCUUGAGGGCUCCAGAACCAGCGAUGCCAGCCCAGUCCCCUCCUCCUCUCGCCUCAAGGACUCCAGAACCA